GCUCGAUUUCCGUAAUUUUGAGAAGAUUUUUUUUUAGUAAUUUUUUAUUCUGCCCCAGCUGAUGUUUGAGCCAGCAUGUCGCGGAGGAAGCAAGCGAAGCCUCAACAUUUCCAAUCCGACCCCGAAGUGGCCUCGCUCCCCCGGCGAGAUGGAGACGCAGAGAAAGGUCAACCCAAUCGCACCACAAAGAGCAAGGAUGCCCACGUCUGUGGCCGGUGCUGUGCCGAGUUCUUUGAAUUAUCAGAUCUUCUGCUCCACAAGAAGAACUGUACUAAAAAUCAAUUAGUUUUAAUCGUCAAUGAAAGCCCAGCCAGCCCACCUGAAACCUUCUCUCCCACCCCGCCUCCCGAGCAUCCCGAUGAACAAAUGAAUGACCCCAUUCACAAAACAGAUCAGGCCGACUGCAGCGACCUUUCGGAACACCGCGGCCGCCACAGGGAGGAGUCCAUGGAGGUGGAGGCCCCGGGGGCUAACAAAGGUGGCGGUGGCGCUCCGGGGGGCGGCGGGGGUGGCCCCCCGCCGCCAGGCUGCAGCGGCGGCCCCUCCACAGGUACCUCAGCGAUCACAACCUCUCUACCUCAACUCGGGGACCUGACGACACUGGGCAACUUCUCGGUGAUCAACAGCAACGUCAUCAUCGAGAACCUGCAGAGCACCAAGGUGGCCGUGGCCCAGUUCUCCCAGGAAGCGAGGUGCAGCGGGGCCUCCGGGGGCAAGCUGGCCGUCCCCGCCCUCAUGGAGCAGCUCCUGGCCCUGCAGCAGCAGCAGAUCCACCAGCUGCAGCUCAUCGAACAGAUCCGUCACCAAAUCCUGCUGUUGGCUUCUCAGAGCGCAGACUUGCCAACAUCUUCAAGUCCUUCUCAAGGUACUUUACGGACAUCUGCCAACCCCUUGUCCACACUCAGCUCCCAUUUAUCUCAGCAGCUGGCUGCAGCAGCUGGAUUAGCACAGAGCCUCGCCAGCCAAUCUGCCAGCAUCAGCGGUGUGAAACAGCUCCCCCCCAUCCAGCUACCUCAGAGCAGCUCUGGCCACACCAUCGUUCCCCCCAACAGCGGCUCUUCCCCCAACAUUAACAUUCUGGCGGCAGCGGUUACCACCCCGGCCUCGGAAAAAGUGGCUUCGAGCGCUGGCGCUGCGCACGCCAGCCACCCGUCAGCCUCGGCAGCAUCCUCACCAGCUUUUGCAAUAAGCAGUUUAUUGAGUCCUGCAUCUAAUCCACUUCUACCUCAGCCGGCCCCCGCUAACUCGGUUUUCCCCAGCCCUUUGCCCAACAUCGGAACAACUGCGGAGGAUUUAAACUCCUUGUCUGCCUUGGCCCAGCAAAGAAAAAGCAAGCCACCAAAUGUCACCGCCUUCGAAGCGAAAAGCACGUCGGACGAGGCGUUCUUCAAACACAAGUGCAGGUUCUGCGCGAAGGUCUUCGGGAGCGACAGUGCCUUGCAGAUCCACCUGCGCUCCCACACGGGAGAGAGGCCCUUCAAGUGCAACAUCUGCGGGAACAGGUUCUCCACCAAGGGGAACCUCAAAGUCCACUUUCAGCGCCACAAAGAGAAAUACCCUCAUAUCCAGAUGAACCCCUAUCCCGUGCCUGAGCAUCUGGACAAUAUCCCCACGAGUACUGGCAUCCCGUACGGCAUGUCCAUUCCUCCGGAAAAGCCGGUCACCAGCUGGCUAGACACCAAACCGGUCCUACCCACUCUGACCACUUCAGUCGGCCUGCCAUUGCCCCCGACCCUCCCGAGCCUCACACCCUUCAUCAAGACCGAAGAGCCAGCCCCGAUCCCCAUCAGCCAUUCCGCCACCAGCCCCCCAGGCUCCGUCACAAGCGACUCCGGGGCCCCUGAGCCAGCCACGAGAAACCUGGGUGGGCUCGCGGACGAAGCCGAAGGGUCCGCCGGGCCGCCCUCCGGUGGCAAAAGCGAAGAGAGAGGCGUGGCCCCCGGCUCGGCCCCGGCGGCCAGUGGCGGCGCUCUGAGCUCCCCGGCGGCCGACGGCGGCUCGGGCAGUGCCGCGGCUUUCACCAACCCCUUGCUGCCGCUCAUGUCCGAGCAGUUCAAGGCGAAGUUUCCUUUUGGGGGACUGUUGGACUCGGCCCAGGCGUCGGAGACCUCCAAGCUUCAGCAGCUGGUAGAGAACAUUGACAAGAAGGCCGCCGACCCCAAUGAGUGUAUCAUCUGCCACCGGGUCCUCAGUUGCCAGAGCGCUUUGAAGAUGCACUACCGGACGCACACUGGGGAGAGGCCCUUCAAGUGUAAGAUCUGCGGCCGGGCCUUCACCACGAAAGGGAACCUUAAGACCCAUUACAGUGUCCAUCGGGCUAUGCCCCCGCUCCGCGUCCAGCAUUCCUGCCCCAUCUGCCAGAAGAAGUUCACCAACGCUGUGGUCCUGCAGCAGCACAUUCGAAUGCAUAUGGGCGGUCAGAUCCCCAACACCCCGGUCCCUGACAGCUACCCCGAGUCCAUGGAGUCGGACACGGGCUCCUUUGACGAGAAGAAUUUCGACGAGCUGGACACCUUCUCCGAUGAAAACAUGGAGGACUGUCCCGAGGGCAGCAUCCCCGAUACGCCCAAGUCCGCGGAUGCGUCCCAAGACAGCUUAUCUUCUUCGCCUUUGCCCCUGGAGAUGUCAAGCAUCGCUGCUUUGGAAAAUCAGAUGAAGAUGAUCAACGCGGGCCUCGCAGAACAGCUGCAGGCCAGCCUGAAGUCUGUGGAGAACGGGUCCGUCGAGGGGGACGUCCUGACCAACGACUCGUCCUCGGUGGGUGGUGAUAUGGAGAGCCAAAGUGCUGGCAGCCCAGCCAUCUCAGAGUCUACCUCUUCUAUGCAGGCUCUGUCCCCACCCAGCAGCACCCAGGAGCUCCACAAGUCCCCCAGCGUGGAGGAGAAGCCCCAGAGAGCAGCACCCAGCGAGUUCGCCAACGGUCUGUCUCCCACCCCCGUCAACGGUGGGGCUUUGGAUCUGACGUCCAGCCACGCAGAGAAGAUCAUCAAGGAAGAUUCUUUGGGGAUCCUCUUCCCUUUCAGAGACCGGGGUAAAUUUAAAAAUACUGCUUGCGACAUUUGUGGCAAAACCUUUGCUUGUCAGAGUGCCUUGGACAUUCACUACAGAAGUCAUACCAAAGAGAGACCAUUUAUUUGCACAGUUUGCAAUCGCGGCUUUUCCACAAAGGGUAAUCUGAAGCAGCACAUGUUGACACAUCAGAUGCGGGACCUUCCAUCACAGCUCUUUGAGCCCAGUUCCAACCUCGGCCCCAAUCAGACCUCGGCGGUGAUCCCCGCCAACUCAUUGUCAUCUCUCAUCAAAACAGAGGUCAACGGCUUCGUACAUGUCACUCCUCAGGACAGCAAGGACACCUCCACCAGUCACGUCCCCUCUGGGCCUCUGUCCUCCUCUGCCACGUCCCCAGUCCUGCUCCCAGCUCUGCCCAGGAGGACCCCCAAGCAGCACUACUGCAACACGUGUGGUAAAACCUUCUCCUCGUCGAGCGCCCUGCAGAUCCACGAGCGAACUCACACUGGAGAGAAACCCUUUGCUUGCACUAUUUGUGGGAGAGCUUUCACAACAAAAGGCAAUCUGAAGGUACACAUGGGCACUCACAUGUGGAAUAGCACCCCUGCGCGGCGGGGCCGGCGGCUCUCCGUGGAUGGCCCCAUGACAUUUCUAGGAGGCAAUCCUGUCAAGUUCCCAGAAAUGUUCCAGAAGGAUUUGGCGGCAAGGUCAGGAAGCGGGGAUCCUUCGGGGUUCUGGAAUCAGUAUGCAGCGGCGCUCUCCAACGGGCUGGCCAUGAAGGCCAAUGAGAUCUCCGUCAUUCAGAACGGGGGCAUCCCUCCAAUUGCUGGAAGCCUGGGCAGCGGGAGCAGCUCACCUAUUAGCGGGCUGACGGGAAAUCUGGAGAAGCUCCAGAACUCCGAGCCCAGCGCCCCCCUGGCCGGGCUGCAGAAAAUGGCCAGCAGCGAGAACGGAACCAACUUCCGGUUCACCCGCUUCGUGGAGGACAGCAAAGAGAUUGUCACAAGUUAAAGCGACUCUGGCUCAGAACGAGAGACCCACGGUUGCCUCCCCCUCCCCUCCUGGUUCCCCCAGAUCGAUGAACUACAACAUUAUGGAGACAUUCUUUUUGUACCUUGUUCAACUUCUAGAGUUAUAAGAAAGCUUAUUUAUUAGUGAUAUAACCUGGCUUUGCAAACAAUGCAAGCGUUAACUUUGGUCUUCUGUAUUUUGGACUAAAUACUAAUUGACUAGAGUGCUGUAAAUUUGCUGUAACAUUUAUGGCAAUCGCAAGUUGCCCUGCUAGGCGGUCUUAAUCUGGCAUUAACUUAUUUUCUAUAUCCGGUUUAAUAUGAAUUCUGGUGUUGAUGCAAUGCCUCAGUGAUGCAUUAGAUCUCUAAUAAAGUCUGUAUAUAAAUGUA